CCGAUAAAAUUGGAACAAUACAGAGAAGAUUAGCAUGGCCCCUGCGCAAGGAUGACACGCAUAAAUCGAGAAAUGGUCCAAAUUUUUUGUCAAAUGUUUUCAAACUUUGUCCCUGAAUUUUUGCAGUUUUACAGGUUUGUUUACAUCUCUUUCUCGUUCUCUUUGCAUUUUUAUGCUUGGUCUGAUGUUCAGCUUCAUGGGUUUUUCUAACUUCAGAUUGCAAUUUAGAUCUGUUUUCAAACUUUUUCCCUGAAUUUUUACAGGUCUGCUUCCUUCUCUUUCUCUGUUUUCUUUGUGUUUAAUAUUAUCUUCAUGGGUUGUGCUCAUUCCCUGAAUUUUUGCAGGUCUGCUUCCCUCUCUUUCUCUGUUUUCUUUGUAUUUUUAUACUUAGUUUAAUGUUCAUCUUCAUGGGUUGGGCUUAGUUUGAUGUUAAUAGUCAUGGGUUUUGCUCAUUUCAGCUUUUUUCUGAUAUUUUUCCCUGAAAUUUUACAAGUUUUACAGGUUGGUGUCCAUCUAUUUCUCGUUCUCUUCUCUUUUUUAUGCUUGGUCUGAUGUUCAGCUUCAUGGGGUUUUUUAACUUCAGAUUGCAGUUUAGAGUUUUCGUCUGGGUUUCCUCUGUUUUACUCUCUUGAACAGUGAUACCUGAAUACCUAUUAUUUAGAAUUGAGCUAGUUUUUGCUGUCAGAGUUUGCUGAAUUAGCUUCUGCUUUUUCCAUUGUAGUUCCAUAUAACCAUAGAACUUUGAUAUUUGGUACUUGGUAGUAAAGAUUAACCACUUGUAUUUAUGUUUAAAGGAGCGUUUCAUUUUCAGAGUUAAAAUUUGUUCAUAGGGGAUAUCUUUAUAAUUGGGUUGUGAAUCAUUGAUCAAAUAAUUUCUCUUGAAAAUCAUGGUUGGCUAAUGAGAGAUUAGAAAAUUUUGGUUUUGAAAAAGAACAAGAGAUCUUUUUUAUGAUUAAACUCUAAGGUGCUUGCUAUAUGCUUACUGCAAAAUAUGUGCUUGAUGAAUGCUGAAUAUUCAGGCUUUUGUGUAGAAAUUGACGCAUGUUUUAUAUCUCUUUUCACUUUGUAGUCUAACCCUUUGAUCUUUCUUUCUUUUCAAUAAAGCUGUGUAUUUGGACAAUGUGAUCUUGACUAAAAUUUCUAUACAUAGUGCUAAAGUGCUGAUCUUCUGUUUACCAGAAUUUAAUUACUAAAUGCUCUAGGGUGAAUUGGAAGUUGGUACCAUUGAAGAAUGAAUUUGAAUAGAAAGGACCUGAAAGAAGAUUGUAAUUGAGAUAUUUCUGUUAUGGUAGAACAUCUUCCUUUUUUAAUGGAACUCCCAUGGAAGCUACAGCAUGUUGAGAUUUUGCAUGAACCAAUUUGUACUGGGAAGGAAAAGGGUUUCCCAUCCUUGAAUCAAAUUUUGCUUUGGAAGAGGUUCAUAUGACCAAAAUUUCAAGUAUUUGUCUUUCCAAUUGGAAAUUCUAAUGUUUGUCAUUUGUCACUUUGAAUCCAUCUUUGCCAGAGAAUUUUCCUUUCUUUUACCCAUUUGGGAUGAAAAUUUUCAAUGUAAUCUCAUCUUUUAUAAACCUCACCUUGACUUUGAGGAAUGCUCAUUGCCAUUGGAAAGAUUUUGUAUGAACAAAAUACAUGAAUUUGUAAGUGUGGGCAUUUGUGGGAAUGAUUGGCAAUUGGCAUCCAUAUUAGAAUGAAAUGAAACCAUUUACCAUUUCUAAUGCGCUAUGAUUUUGACAGUUUGAGCAAAAAUCAAAGAGAUGCCUUCAAUCUACUUAUUCAAAACAAAUAUCGAGUUCAUCAAUUAAGCAAAUUUAUGGCAUUAGGAGCCUUAUUUCAUGUUUUUUAAUCGACAACAAUAAUACUAAGAAAAUCACAAAACCAAAAGCCAUAGAUUGAUCUUACUUACACGAAAGAACUUGGUAAAGAGAUGACAAUAAUGCUUGGAAGAUACAGCAUUUACGGCCCCAAUUGUUGCUACAUAGGACAAAAUCAAGCUAUUAAAGAGAAGGUAAACAAAAACAGAAGACAGAAGCCACCCUCUCUGUUUCUCGGGAAACAAACAAAAAGAAAAAAAAAAAAAAACAGAGUACAGCUGGCCCAUAAAGUGUGACCAUCAAAAUAUACACGACUUGAAAAGCAGCCACGUGUCAUCCUUGAUAUCUUGGUCAUUUCUAGCAAUGCCACUUGGCUGUAAUAAUCGUACCAGUGCCACCCUUUUUUUAUGUUUUUUGCCGUACAAAAAAUGUGGCUUCUAUGCCUGUUGCCUCUGGGAGCUGCAUUUGGUUGCACAAAAACAAAAACCUGAACUUUGAAGAGGUUAAAUCCUUCUAAUUCUACAGAAGCAAAAAGAAGAAGAAAGAAGAGGCACUUUAAUCUUCAAUUGAAAUGGAGAGACAUAACUAUGAGGAGGAGCUAAAGAAAGAGCGUAGGCUUGUUGGGAAUCUCAUACAUGAGAUUGAUUACAAAAAUCAGCAGUUGUCUGAAAUGGAACAUAAAUAUAAUGACACAACAGCAACUCUUCGAGGUCUUGUCGAUGGCCUACUAGCAAAAAUUAACUCCCAGGACAGUUGUUUAAGGGAUUGGGAGCUUAGAUAUAACACAACUGUAAGACAGCUGAUGGAUGAGAACACUGUGUUGCGUGAUGAAUUUGUUGAAGAAAUUAGAAAGGUGAAGUCUGAAAAUGUUAAGCUGAAGUGUGAACUUAGCUGGCAAACUGAGGAAACGGAAGAGUGUAAAUCCCAUAAUGAUCGGGAACGAAGAAGGUUGUUGAUUGAAAUGGAAGUGCUGAAAGAGAAUUUGCCAUGUCAAAAUGUUGUUGAAGUCGACAAAACUUCAAGUGCUCAGCUGAAAGAGAAUUUGCCUUGUCAAAAUGUUGUUGAAGUUGAAAAGAUUUCAAGUUCUCAGAUUGCUGCUCUAAGGAAAGAGUUGGAGGAAAAAUCAGAGGCAUUGCAAGAUCUAGAAAGCCGUUACAAUUAUCUAGCAGUGAAACACAACUUAACUAAUCAAGAGCUCCAAGAUGCUCGUAAAGAAUCGAUAAAUGGUUUGAAAGAUAUGUUGAAUAGCAGAACUACUCUUGGAGUCAAAAGAAUGGGAGAGAUUAAUCAAAAAGCUUUUGAGUUUGCUUGCUCACUGAAGUUCCCUAAUGAAGAUUGGCAGGAAAUAUGUGCUAAAGUAUGUUCAUCAUGGGAACAGAAUGUGCAGGAUCCAAAAUGGCACCCAUUGAAGAGGAUCCUUUUCAAAGGCAACUUGCAGGAAGUGGUAGAUGAAGACGACGAGAAGCUGAAAGAGUUGAGAAAUGAAUAUGGUGAGGUUGCAUUUGAGGCUGUCAGCACUGCACUGAUGGAAAUGAAUGAAUAUAAUGCAAGUGGAAGAUAUGCAGUCCCUGAGAUAUGGAACUUAAAGGAGGGAAGGAGAGCCACCAUGAAAGAAGUAAUUCAGUACAUAAUCAAGCAACUGAAGACUCAUAAACGUAAAAGAAAGUGUACCUAGUAACUUAACAGCAGCUAUUUCAUUAAAUAAAUACCACAUAUUUAUUGCAAUGUGGCUAUCAAACAGAUCAUUCAUGCCAGAAAAACAAGUUUCUUGUGUUCCCUUUUGUCAACUGCCUUCAUGGGGUUGCUAUUUCAUAACAGCAUAAGAUUUUGGAUGUUGUCUCAUCUCUGGUCAGGUGUUCAAGUUCUU